AUGGCUGCGGAGCUGAAGGCAGAGGUUGAGGGCCUCGUGGCCAAGAUCUCUGACAAGGCGGCCGGACAGUCCGCCCUGGAAGGCUUGGCCUCCAUUGCAAAGGACAAGGGACGGCCGGCCGAACCCUUCUUGGUGGCCGCCUUCCCGAAGAUCCUGGAGGACACCCGGGGGCAAGGGCUGGCAGACACGUUUGCCAUGAACGCCACAAGCGAGUCAGCGGAAGAAGUCAGCGAGGCAAUCAUGGAGAUGGUCUCCCCCUUCGCAGUGGACCUCCUGCUGCCCUCCUUCCUUAGUGGACUUGCCGUUAAGGCAAAGCCUACCCAGAAGGAAGCCACCCUGCAGAUCAUCUCUGCCCUGGCGGCCAAAUCUCAGCGUGCUGUAGGAUACCUCUUGGUGAACCUGGUUGCGCCCGUGGUCAAGGUGGCAGCGUUGGAGUGCAUGACAGCCAUCUGCAGCUGCACUGGCAACAAGGACUUGGAGCCCUUCCUCCCAGCAGUGGUGGAUGCGGCCUCCUCCAUCGACAAGACGCACGCUUGCGUGGAGAAGUUGGCGGGAUGCAUCUUCGUGCAGAACGUGGAGGCCCCGGCGUUGGCGGUUACCAUGCCCGUGCUGACCCGUGGCCUGAAUGACAAGAACGAGGAGGUGAAGCGCACGUGCUGCCAGAUUGUGGACAACAUGUGCAAGCUGGUUGAGGAUCCAGCGGAGGCCAGGGAGCAGAGCCCAAGGAGCUAUCGUGAGGAGCCCAAAUCUUGGAAGGUGCUGCCGCUGAUGCCGAAGCUCGAUCCUCUGGUGAAGAGCGCCACCCAAAAGAUCUCCGACCCCGAAGCCCGAGGCGUCGCAGAGAAGGCCUACAAGACCCUGCAGAAGGCUGCGGGAGAAGGUGCGGAGUCUCUGCAGCAGGUGAAGCUGGAGGAUGCCAAGAAGCAGGUCUCUAGUGCCCUUGGCAGCGACGCAGGCUCCGGAGAUGUCUUCGAAGCUGAGCUGACACACGUAGCUGCUCUGGCCGCCUGUGCCGCGAACAUGCGCGUCUUUGACGAGGGCCUCUGGAAGAGUGACGUAGGCUACCUGGCGCCCUUCGACUCCGUGACCGAGGCCCUUCGCGCAAAGAUGGAGAUCGCCGCGAAGCCUAAGGAGGAGGUCGAGGAGGAGGACACCGAGGGUGUGGACUUGUACAAGGGUGCAUUCUCCCUGGCCUACGGGACCCUGACCUUGCUGCGUGAUGCAAAGAUGCACUUGAAGCGCAAUCGUUUCUACGGGCUCCUGGGACCCAACCAGUGCGGGAAGACGACGCUCAUGCGCGCCAUUGCCAACGAGCAGCUGGAGGGCUUCCCCAAGCGAGAUGAGCUGAAGAGUGUCUUCGUUGAGCAUGAGAGCCUUGGAGUAGACUAG